UGCGCCUUCUCCCUGCUGGAGGAUGAAUGCAGGGCAGCAAAGAGAGAGAGCUAGCUUUGAUCCUGUUCUCCUGUCCCCUUUCCAUUGCUAGAAGUUAAAUAUGUUAGCUCGGUUCUUCUGGAAAGUGGCAGCCAUGGUGGAGAGGCACCGGACUGGUUUUCUGACCAUUUCCUGUGCUGGACUCUUUGGAGCUAACUUAACCUUUCACAUCUUACCAGAGGACACCUUUAGACCAUUGUAUCAGGCCUGGGAGAAAGGGAAGCCGAUGGAGCUUCCAGAAAACUUACAGCAUCUCUUCCAUGAGGUCCUUACUGAAGGCAGAAUACAGUCAAGAAAUCGUUACCGAGCCUUUGUAGCUUUUAGCUUUCACCCGGUGAGCGCCGGCCUUUCCUGGAUGCCUGCUGGCAGUCUUGUGGGCAUCCCGACCAAUUUUUGUGAUGCAACCAACAAUGAGCAUAAGAUUGCCAACCACAUUGUUAUCAUUGAAGGCAAAGAAGUGGACUGGGAGAGCCCAGAAGGCCUGAUCUUGAAGGACACCCUGACAUUUUCUCCAGAGGCUCAGAAGUUUGCCAUUGCAAGAGAGGCUAUGUACUUGCAAAACAAUGGCCCCUUGGCAUGUGCUGCGGUUGCUCCUGUUUGCCUAGCUGGGACAUACAUCUGUGGAGUGGCCAUUAAACAGCUCUUGGGCUUGUAUUCUGGUCCAGUGCUUUUACGAGGACUUUACAACUUAACUGUGCUGGCAGUUGGACUUCUGGGCUAUUGCCUGUCUUAUGACGCUGUGAGCCAAGCAGUAGAUUACAAGGCAGACAGAAGCGCAGCCUCCUUGUCUACUGACUUUGCCAAGGGUGGCGUGGAGUUCUAUAAUAAAAUCUUGUCUCAGAACAAGACUUUCCGUGCGCUCAUGGGCAGAAGUGGGGAGAAGAUAUAUGCCCCAAAUGGUAACCUUUCCCCAACAUACUGGAUCAGGUUGAAACAUGCGCCAUAUACUUCCAGAAGGGACUCGAUUAUCAAUAUUUUAAAUCUGCCUCAAGCAUAAAGAGGCAUGAUUUGUAAAUUAUGUAUUCUCUUUUGAAGGUUGCUUCCCAAUUUUUAAAGAUUUCAUUAAGUGUUCCCAUUUCAGGAAAGAAAAGGCCUGAUUUUGUUUGAUUCUAAUUUUUUGUUGUCGAAGAUUGCCAACCUGUAUUCACUGGAAGCCUCUGUCUUAAAAAAUUAAAGCCACACUUCAAAGACUCUGGUGUCCUACGUGCCUCUAAAAUCCAUCUUAAAACUCAGAGGGAGUGUUACUUGCCAGGCACUGCACUGGAAGGCAUUGAACUGGAAAAGCUGGCAUUCUCUUUUGUCUGCAUAUUAUUCUGAAAGAGCAGAAGAAGCACAGAACAUUGUGAUCUCACUGGAGGAAAAAGAGAAUGGUGUAUGUUCUGCUAGGUAGCUAAAGAACCUUCGUGUAACUUGAUGUCUUGAGGAUCAUCUAAAAGGGGAAAAAGCUCCCAACCCUCCUCGCUUAAUAGAGGAAAAUUUAUCUUGGUGCAGCUAAUUACUCUGACAUUUUCAACAUUGCUUAUAGUGGCCUGAAAAUUUCAGUUCCUCCUGUAAUCCGCUGCUUCUCCCCGUUGUUAAUUGUUAAUUAGCUUCUUUAUUUGAGAAUUAAUUCAUUAUUAUUAUUAUUAUUAUUAUUAUUAUUAUUAUUAUUAUUGCAUGGUAGAUUCUGUAGGACAAUUCCCGACAGAGUCUGUUAAGCACUUUUCCAAGUGCAGCAGAAGAUGUGAAGUGGCAUUCAUGAAAGCUCACACUAAGACCUCAUCUGCAGUGCCAUGUAAAAUCCAGAUUAUCUUAUUUGAACUGGAGUAUAUGGCAGUGUAGACUCAUAUAAUCCAGUUCAAAGCAGACAAUCUGGAUUAAACAGAGGCCGGAUGACCAUCUGUCAGGGGUGAUUUGAAUGCAAUAUUUCUGCUUCUUGGCAGGGGGUUGGACUGGAUGUCCCAUGAGGUCUCUUCCAACUCUUUGAUUCUAUGAUCUGCUUUGAUAAUCUGGAUUAUCUAUCUCUGUAAAUCCUGCCAAAAAUAACUCAAAGGUGCAGCCUGAUUCCUUCAUUCCUACCUUUCCCCAUUUGUAUAGAAAUACAAAAAAGCAAACAUCCCGGGACCUUGAUAUACAGUGUAUUGUUCUUAUGAAUUAUAAUACCCAGGGAUCCCAGAACUGGGAGAGCUCAAGCUUGGCAGGCAGAUUGUUAUUAAUGUGCUUUCUUGAAGGGGGAAGGGCAAGUUCAUCUUUAAAUAUGAAGACGUACAAGCACAAAUGGUACAUGCCUUAGUUACAUCCCGUCUGGAUUACUAUAACAUGCUCUACAUGGGGCUGCCUCUGAAAAAUGCUUAGAAACUUCAGCGGGUCCAAAGAGCUGCAGCCAGAUUGCUCACUGGAGCUAGCUACAGGAAGCUGGCAACCACCCCCACCCCCCAUUGCAGUGGCUCCACUGGCUGCCAGUCUGGUUAUGGCCUUUAAAGCUCUAGACCAGGUGUCCUCAAACUCAGGCCCGGGGGCCAGAUGCGGCCCUCCCUGGCCCUCGCUCAGGGUCAACCUAAGUCUGAAACAACUUGAAAGCACACAACAACAACAAUCCUAUCUUAUCAGCCAAAAGCAGGCCCACAAAUCCCAUUGAAAUACUAAUAAGUUUAUAUUUGUUAAAAUUGUUCUUCAUUUUAAUUAUUGUAUUGUUUUAAGUGGUUUUUUUGCUCUACAAAUAAGAUGUGUGCAGUGUGCAUAAGAAUUCAUUCAUUUUUUUUCAAAUUAUAAUCCGGCCUUCCAACAGUUUGAGAGACUGUGACCUGGCCCUCUGUUUAAAAGGUUUGAGGACCCCUGCCCUAGACACUUCCGGUCCGGCCUAUUUGGCUGACUGCAUUCCCUUGCCCGGGCCCUGAGAUCUGCAGGAGAGGCUCUUCUCUUAGUCCCACCUCCAUUUCAAGCUCGGAUGGUGGGAAUGAGAGAGCGGGCCUUCCUUCUCGGUGGCUGCCCCUCAACUCUGGAACUCCCUUCUUUCAGGGAAGCCAGAAUGGCCAUCUCCCUGCUGUCCGUCUACUGUAGUGUUUGUCUAAAACCUUAUUAUUCAGGCAGGCUUUUAAAGAACAAGGUUUUUAAGAUCAAGUCGGGGUGCUGUGGUUUUUAGCCUUGAUUAUUUUUAUGGAUUUUAACUGAAUUUUAAUAUCAUUUAUAUUUAAUUCUGUUUCAGUAUUUUUAUAUUUUUAGAUUUUAAACUGUAUUGAAAUGCUUUUAAUGUGGGCAACUGUGAGUCUCCUUAUGGAGAGAAAACAUGGGGUAUAAAUAAACAUAACAACAACAACAA